AUGGGGCCCUGGUGGGUCAGUCUCCUGCUGCUGACACCCCUCUGCCUUCUGUAUCGAGGGGUCUCAGGGCAGCCCCAUCCGACCCUCGGAGCCAGUGCAGAGGAGGCCGCAUCCAUCCAAGGAGUGAGGGGCAGCUCUGUGGAGCUGGCCUGUGGCUCCCGGCCUGCCCCUCUGGUGGUCUUCUGGAGCUUCACGCCCCUAGGCUCACUGAUUCCCCAUCCUGUGGCCGUCACCAAUGGAGCAGAGUCCAAGGUGGAGGCCGGGGCCUCGGCUCUGGGGGCCGUGAGUCUGCAGAACAGCAGCCUGGUGCUGAGGGAGCUGCGGGAGGGUGCCCGCGGCCACUUCCUGUGCCAGGCCCUGCACGUGGCCGGCGGCCAGCUCCACGCCACCUACUCCUACCUCGCUCUGGCCGUGCUGGUGCCUGUUUCGAAGCCUCAGGUGCGGCUGAGUGACCCGUCCCCAGUGGAGGGGACCUCCGUGGUGGCCACGUGUGCAGUGCGGGAGGGCACCGAGCCCGUGACCUUUGCCUGGCAGCAUCAGGCACCCCAAGGCUCUUGGGAAGCGCUGGUGGGGGUCACGAAGAGACUUCUCCACCUGGACCCAGUCAACAGGACACACCUGGGCUGGUACAUGUGCAGUGCCCACAACGCUGUCAACCGGCUGAACAGUGAAGGAGCCUUCCUGGAUGUCAUCUAUGGUCCAGACAAUCCUGUGAUCACCGUAGAGCCGCCGGGCUUCAUUGAGGAAGGCUUUUGGGCCAGUGAGAGGGAAGAGGUGACCCUGAACUGCCUGGCUGCAUCCAACCCGCCUAGUCACUAUGCGUGGCUCCGUGACCACACUCAGGUCCACGCUGGGCCUACCUACAUCAUCGCCAGCGCUGGCCGCACCCACACAGGCCUAUACACCUGCCUGGCCCACAACAGCCGCCUGGACAGCCGCACACAGACCACUGUCCGGCUCACCAUCUACUCUGCCCAGCUGCAGUGGGAAGGGCCCCAGGGAACUGGCCCCACUGCCCCCAGCAAUGUCACCUGGAGUCGUGCAGCCACAGAGCUCCCCAACAGCAGUGUCUUCACCUGCACUGGCCAGCACCCAGCCCUGGCACUGCCCGCCCUCUGCAGGAUCACGCUCUGCACAAUCAGAGACCAGUUCAUCAUGCUGAGGUGUGAGUGGCCUGGAGGUGAGCCCCCUGCCGUGCUGAGCUGGCUUGAUGGACAGCAGCAGCCCCUGGGCGGCAGCAGCUCCUCGCUGGCCGUCCACCUCCUGCAGGCCCAGGAAGAUCUGACUGGCAGAGAGUUCACCUGCCGAGGCACUCACCCACUCAGGGUCCCUGACCCUCACUGCCGGCUCCAGCUGGAAGCUCCACAGCUGGCAGUGGCUGAGCCCCAGGUGUCAGUGCUGGAGGGGGGAGAGGCCUGGCUGGGGUGUGCCCUCCUGGGGGGCAUGCCACCUGCCCAGCUCCUCUGGCUGGGCCCCCAGCGACGGCAGGUGGAAUCAGGCACUUCUGGAUACACGCUGCACCCUGAGGGUGCCCAGCUCCACCUUAGAAUCCGGGACGCAGACCCAGCACGCCACAGGGGCACCUACCAGUGCGUAGCCCUCAACGCCUUGGGCAACAGCAGUCAGAGUGUCCUGUUGGAGGUCCUGAGGUAUCCAGCUCCUCCCAACGUCACCAUCAGCCGCCUGACCUACGGGAGACACCGGAGGGAGGUGCAGCUGCAGUGGGCCAUCGACGGCCCUGGGAACUGGACGGGCUUCCUGGUGCAGCGGAGGGCCAGGGUCCCAGGCCCAGGAGCUGGGGCUUGGGAGACGGCAGCUAGUGACAUCGAGCCAGAGAGCAGAGGCCGGCGGCUGGGGGGCUUGGACCCAGGGGUCCUUUAUGCCUUCCGCAUCCUAGCUCUGAAUCACCGCACAGCCGGAUAUCCCUCUGAGGUGAAGAUACCAGCGGACCCCCCCUUCAGUGCCUAUCCAGCAGUGCUGGGUGCAGCAGGCACGGGAAUGGUGGUGGCAACGGUGGCCUCUCUCCUGGUGUUCCAGUAUGCUGCCCGGCACCCAGAGACUUUCCCCCGCAUUGAAACAGCACCCACCACCCCAAGUUCGGGUCCUGCACAAGAAUCCACGGAUGCUCCAGUCAACGUCACCACCACAGUGACUGCAACACCAUGA